AUGAAAUCUUUUAUAUUUUUAUUUUUCUUGGUUAUUCUGAGUUUUCUAGCGGAAUUAUCGGACGCUAAAAUUGCAUGCCCUACUGGCUUUGCGUUGGUCAAUCAGCAGAAGUGUCUGAAAAUAUUUCCGAAUCACUUGAAGCAUUUGGAGGCGGAGCUUGACUGCACUCAUUUUGGAGGGACUCUUGCUACUAUUCAUAACGCUAUUGAUAACCGCGCCGUAUCCAAUUUCGCUGCCAACGCCGGAGUUCAAAACGCGUGGAUUGGUGUCUUUUGCUUUGAGAAUCAAACCACUUCUUGCUAUUAUGACGACAACUCGGGACCCCUCAGCUAUAAUAAUUUUAUUCCCGGGCACCCGAGACUAGACAAUGAUUACGGUGGAUGUGUGUACAUGACGACCACCGGGAAAAAUGCUGGACAGUGGUCGAGUGGACCGUGUGGAGUGGUGGGACUGGCGUUUGUUUGUGAGGUCCCGACUACGGUAGCAGAUCCCACGUGCUUGCACAACUUCAAUGGUAACUGCUACCUGCCAUCCCAUGAACUAACCGGUUCCCCACCCAACGCCACUUAUUCCGAUGCUCGAGGAAUCUGUCAUUCCAACUCUGCAGAGCUCGCUUCGAUUCAUUCCCAUCAAGAAAUUGAUUUCAUCCGAUCAAUCUACAAAGACCUCGAUUUCUAUUCCGUUUUGAUUGGUGGUCAGGUAUCGGCGGAUGUUAACAAUGUUACCUGGGUGGAUGGUUCAGAUUUCGACUAUAAUUAUAUGAAUCCGAUUGGACAGACAGAUGGCAAUUGCCUUCAGAUGAACACGAUCAAAAGUCAGACUAAUAAUGGAUUAUGGUCAAAAUUUAAAUGUGAAAGGAUCAAUUACUUCUUGUGCAAGAGGAAAAUUGGGGAUGCUGCUGUAAAUCCCAAAUUUAAGAGUGUAGCCAAAGUUAUUGACAAACCUACCCAUACCAUCAAUCUUGCCGACGCAUCCCACUGUAACUCUACAUUGUUUUUGGCUCCUGGAAUAGUCACUACCCUGGGAUACCCUAACUCAGUAGAAGGUGUUUUCUGUACCUGGAAAAUAGGAGUACUUGGUGCGUAUCGUGUCGGAAUCUACUUCACUGACUUCUCGAUAAACGGAGCUUUGAAUAUUUAUGAUGAAUAUGGAAACUUGAUUGAGGCCCCGUCGAUUUCGAGGUACCCAUUCCAGGCGUUAGGUCCGACAAAUCUAGUCUCGAUGACGCAUGACUCGAGAUAUGAGAAACCUGGGUUAUAUCAUGGAUUUAGUGCAACUAUCUUGCCAUAUUAA